AUGGCCGAGUUUCCUCAGGUAUGGCUCGACUAUCUUGUUGCCAGCAGCCAGGGGAAGGGUCACCGACUGCAGGAUUCUCUUGAAGCCGCGUGGACAAAGAUCGCCUCGCAGAAACUGUUCGAAGUUCUGUGCUCACCUCACCCCUUCACUUGGUUUCUUUCCGCGAGGAUAUUCCGAGUGGCUCUGGUCCUGGUUGCUUUCCUGCUAUUCUUCGCACCUCCCUUUGAAUCUGCGCUAUGGUCGUUUGGGAGCAUCCAAGAAGCGGAAGGGCCCGCUCGCUACUUUCGCUUCACAGCAAGAAAGCUUCAGAAUGGACUGGCAGGGCCUGCAAUAACUUCUCCUGGGAUACAAUCCUUUGGGGUACUGAAAGGCAAUUGCAUGAUUCCGAUGCCAGGAGUCUCAAACGACCAGGAGCACUUUUAUGUACAACGGGGGGCAAAAGCGUCCUUGACCCUGAGAUCAGAUUCGCUACUCUCUUUCAACGGCUUCUACUUGAUCACCCCUAACAUAAGUAGUGGCCUCCUCCCCGUUGAAUUCACGCUUGAGUCGUCUAGUGAUGGCGAGCACUGGAGAGUGUACGUGAUGCCGUCCAUGCUGUCCUUAGCUCGCGUCGCGACUGUCUCAGUGGGUGAAGACGUGCCCAUGGAAGAUUUCUCGAGGGGUUUUCCUCCGUGGCAGCCAAAACAACUGUAUCAGAUCGAUUGGAACGCUAUCACAUGCCGGUGGCCUGCCUUCGCGAGCAUCGUUGAGCGAUUGUUGAAAGGGCUCGGGCUCUUGCUUGCUGUUAGCGUGUGCUUGGGAUACUUCCUUGCUGCCGUCGUUGGCAUCUCUCAGUUCAUCGUGAGGGUGAGCAGCUGCAACUUGAAGGCAGACUACGUUGUGCUGAUCGAGAGCCUCACGAUACUGUUCCUGUUUCCUUGUCCCCUCGUCUUCCACGAGUGCUUGGCUUGUCACAGAAAAGCACGCAAGACGGCGAAGUUGCGGCAAUUUCGUAUGGCAUACAAUCCAGUAACCGAGGAGGAUUCAAGGACAGACAUGGAUAGGAUUCGAGCCCUCGAAACAUUUGCUUCGUCGAGAAGAUUUCGCACUCCCUCCAAGUUUGCAGCAUCCGAGGCCUUCACCUCCUUUGCAAGUGUAUCGCUUGCUGAAACCAAGGAAAUCACGAACUUUGACCAACUGAACGCUCAGGGAGUGACGAUGCAGAAACUGUUAGUCGACAAGUUGUUGGUCCUCGUUGAAAGACUGCAGACCGCUCACGGGUCUACAGCUCGUUUUGAAGAGACCCCUAUGAAGAGCUUUGAAGCUAGCUGCGAAAAGAUUCUUCGCAAAUACCAUGGAGAUGUUGCAAGACAUACGGAUCUAGUGCGGCAGAGUAUCAUGUUCGAUAGGAUACAAGACAUCGCAGAUUGUCUGCAGACUCUGAUGGAAGACAGAGAAGUGGUCAUUGUGAGCCUGAAGAACAGACUCGCUGGGAGGGACAAGGUCAAAAACUUGGGACACGUCAGGGAUGUGUGUCUCAAGGCACGGUUGAUCACAGAGCAAACAAGGUUCUACGGCAUUUGUGCAUUUGUGUGUGAAAUCCGUCUAGUCCUGACUUGUCUGCAAUCUGCCGCCACCACGAGCAUGUUGAAAGACUUGAAGGGGUACCGGAGAAUGCAUCAGGUGAACAUAUCCAUCAGAUGCUUGUUGUUUUGGUCGAGGCUUGAUUGUUCCGCUUGGAUCCGGAGACUGAAGCAUCACAAGAUCCAUAAACUCUCGAGGGUCCUGGUUGAAACGCUUGCGGAGACGGGAAGGGAGGCCGGGUCCCUGAACUCACUCUUCCGAUCUGCUGCUCACACCUUGACGGACGAAGAGAGACACAAGGACUUGUUGAGACAGAGAUGCCUGUUUGCUGGGGAUACCCUUGGAAAAAGACUCCAGGAGCUGCAGCAUGCAGUGAAGAAGUCAUCAGCAUCCAGCGUGCUCUUCACUUCCAUCCCUUGCACGCUAGCGAUGCAGAAGACCUGGUUCAAGGCGCUGCUGAUUAUAUGGGGUAUCUUCUAUGCAGUCCGCGGUUUCGGGGAAGGAGGAUUAUGGCAAACGUACAUGCGCAAGCAAGUGUUUCAAGUCAGAUCGGCAAGGAUGAUAGUUCUGCAACGAAGGCAGGACUCAGUUUCAGCAGGAGGGAACUAUUCUCUUCAGCUGGGAUGGAUGUUGAACGGGUGUAAGACCUCCUCAGCGGUCCAAGGAGUGGAGGACGGGGAUAUCUUCUACUUUUCUUUCCCGAGUCUCGAAUCAGCCAACGCAUUCUACUUCAUCACGGACAGUCGCUCCGGAACCGAGGGACGAGACCCUGUCCGUUUCCGGCUGGAUGUCACCUCCGCAUCGGGGAGCCCCUGGCAGCUGGCAAACACAAGCUGGACCCUCAAGUCCGGUACCAAAUGUGAUUGGGACCGUUACAAUGCCGCCUGCAUCCCCCGUUGGGAUGAGACUUAUCCCACUGACCUGCAACGAGGAGCUGAAAACGUCAUCAGCCUUGUCACCCCUCUGUACAUGGCUGCUGGCACCGUCUUCUUCCUCUUCCCCGUGGUCCUCGGGUGCUUCUCUGGCCCCAUCGUGAGCAUUCUUGGGAGGCCUCGCAUGGGAGUUGUGUGCUUCUCCUUCGCCUUCUGGGGGACUGGUGUUCUAGGGAUCGCUGCCGCGAUCAGCAGUGCUGUGCAUGGAGAUUCUGCGGGGGUCGCCUUGUUGUUCUUCUUGCUAGGCUGGGGAUCUUCGACCACAGGACUGUCUUUGGUAUUUUGGGAGGAGAAAUUUUUGCCGACAGUUCUCUUCAACGCUUGCAUAACCGUGGUUGCUUCUAUUUCAUUUUACUUCAUUACUUUGGGGGGAGGGAACUUUCAGUUUCCUAUAACCGGAUUGGUGUUGUUGUUGAUGCGAAGACGAGCAAUCCAUCGAGCAUGGCUGGGGAUAGAAGACGACGUGAAGUAUUAUAACGAGGGACCAUGGGGCAAGUGA